AUGAGCUACAGCACCAUUUUGUACGAAGUCGAAGAAGGCAUUCUGACUCUGACCCUGAAUCGGCCGGAAGCAAUGAACGCCUUCACCCACACCAUGAUGGAGGAAAUGAUUGACGCCUGUGAUCGUGCUGAUGCAGACGACGAUGUCAAAGCCAUCAUUGUGACCGGUGCCGGGCGCGCGUUCUGCGCUGGUGCUGAUCUGUCCGGUGGCGGUGAUACAUUUGAUGCAGACGCGCGCAGCGAUCGCAACAGCGGCGUGCAACCCGACGGCGGUGGUCUCCUGACGCUGCGCUUAUACGAACUGAACAAACCCAUUAUCGCUGCCAUCAACGGUGCCGCAGUAGGCGUCGGGGUCACCAUGACUCUGGCAAUGGACAUCCGCCUGGCCGCUGAUGUUGCUAAAUUCGGUUUUGUGUUCGCUCGACGCGGGAUUGUCCCGGAAGCGUGUUCCAGCUACUUUCUGCCUCGGGUAGUCGGCAUCAGCCAGGCGCUGGAAUGGUGUUAUUCCGGCCGUGUCUUCCCCGCUCAGGAAGCACUGGAAGGCGGUCUGGUGAAAUCGCUGCAUGCAAAAGACGACCUCCUGGCUGCGGCACGCGCCAUAGCAGAAGAUAUCCGCGACAAUACCGCACCGGUUUCGGUAGCCAUGCUCAGACAUAUGAUGUGGCGCAUGCUCGGCGCUGAUCACCCGAUGGAGGCCCACAAGAUUGAUUCCCGGGGCAUCUACUAUCGCGGCCGCUCAGCGGACGCCAAAGAAGGGGUUCAGUCGUUCUUGGAGAAACGUCCGGCGGAAUUUCCCGGCAAAGUGAGCUCGGACAUGCCAGAAUUCUUCCCAUGGUGGGAUGCCGCGCCGUUUCCUGUAGACGUUGAAGAAGGGAAAAAGUACUUCUGGUGCGCUUGCGGUAAAUCCGCUCGCCAGCCAUUUUGCGACGGCUCCCACGAAGGUACAGAUUUCACGCCUAUGGCGUAUCAGGCCCCGGCCAGCAAAACGCUGUACUUCUGUGGUUGCAAACACACCGCCAAUGCACCUUUGUGUGAUGACCCUGCGACACGGCUGGAAGCCGUCAAAGCGUUAUCUGCGGAGCAAGCUGCCGAGAAUCAGGAGAUGCUGGCGACACUGGCCCGCACCGAUGCGGAUACAACCGUACGCCAGGCGGCUAUCGCUCAUCUGUCAGAUGGUGAUCUGCUCGCUGACCUGUUAGACGACAGUGCAGUGGCGAACACUGCAACCAAAAGAGUGUGUGAGCUGAUCGCCCAAGGACAGGUGCCAGCCUGCGCGCAACAUGAAAAAGUUAUCGCUGCUCGCAUAACGACGUGCUCAGCUGAAGAACUGGAAGGUCUCUGGCCAUUACUGACCACACCCGAUCAGUGCGCAGAACUGGCACUGCAGUUGCGCGAUGAAGCCAGAGACACAGUGCUGAUGCAUCCGCUGUUACAGGCUGAAGAGGGUUUAUCGACGCUGCAGAAAGCCGCUCGCGGACGAGACAAAUACUGCCACCGUCAUGCGCGGGAAAAGCUUGAUCAGAUCAAACAGGCUCGGGCCGCCAUCAAAGCGCAGGACCAGCGCCUUGAAGAACUGGACAACGCCAUCCACAAGGCGCUGAAACAGGCGCCCGCUGAACCCGAAGCGUUGUUGGCGCAUCGACAAAAAUUAUUGCGGCUGCGGGAUAUGCGCGCAGAGCUGGUAACAACACUCACCGAGCUGAACACACAACUUCUUUCCGCAGGUGGUAAAAGCGAGUUAAGGGAUACCAGCAUCGACCCGCUGGCUGAUGCCGACUUGAGUCUUCCGGACCCGACGGACAAUCCGUUUAUUCAUCUGAGUGAGCAGUGGCGUGCCCUGCAACAAAGAAUGAUCGCUGGAGAAGACGCUGAAGAGCUGUACCAGGCAAAACAGGACCUGACCGGGCAGUGGCUGAGUCAUGCCGACAAAAUGCCGCCCAACGCUGAGCAACACAACUUAUUCAGCAAUGUCACCCGUGAGUUGCAGGUUUAUCGAAAAACCUGGCAACGCAGUGAAACCCUGCGCAGCGAACCACUCACGGCGCCGGAGCCGCUGCCUGAGAAGCUGUCGUUCGAUCAACAGACCGCUGGCCUCCUGAAGCAGCGCCGCAGCUGGAUCAAACGCUGGAAGAAAACCAUAACCUCAGUUGACUGGCCGGCCGAACAGCCUACCCCCACCUGGCUGACAGACGCACAGGCAAAGCUGGUACAAGUCGAAAAAGACAUUGAAAAGCUGCAGGCUGCGACCGCUGACGCCGGUAAACAAAUGACCAGUUUUGUCAAAGACGCGGAUCAGGCUUUAAACGAUGGCCACAUCGAAGACGCAAUUAAACAUGUUCGUCAGGCCAGAGAGUUACAGAAAGCCGGCAUCAGUGAAAGUGAUGCUGCGCUUGCCAACCUGAGCGCCCGGCUUGCCGAGUUUCGCGACUGGCAGAAAUUUGCCACAGAACCUAAACGUCAGGAACUUCUGAGUGCAAUCGAACAGCUCGCGAACAACCCCAUAGCGCCUGCGGAUCAGGCAGCACGGCUUAAAGAGCUGCGUGAACAAUGGCGUGCACUCGGUCGCCCGGUCAGUGCCGAACACAUCGCUCAACAGCAGCAGUUCGAUGAUUUUGCCGACAAGGCUUUCGAGCCGUGUAAAGCCUACUUUGCGGAACAGGCUCAGAUUCGCCAGGAGAAUCUUGCAGCCCGCAUCCAGCUCUGCGAACAAUUGCAGACCUAUCUGUCGCAAACCGACUGGCAGAACACCGACAUCCAGGCAGCUGAAAACAUUCUGCGCAGCGCGCGCCAGGAAUGGCAUCGCUACCGGCCCUGCGAACGCAAAGCGCUCAAGCCAGUAGAAAAAACUUUCGAGGCGCUGCAGGACACCCUGCAUAACAAAAUCAAAAGUGUGUGGAACGAAAACGUUGCCGCCAAGCAGGCUAUUGUCGACGAGGCGCGGGCUCAAGCCGCCGCCAUUGCCGAAAACCUCGAUGACGAAACGGUCAACGCGGCAAUUCAAAGUGCCAAAAACCUGCAGCAACAGUGGCGUACCAUCGGACGUACCCCAAGGUCUGCUGACCAGAAGCUGUGGCGGGACUUUCGCGACGCAUGUGACCAGAUAUUUGCCCAGCGAGACGCGGCCAAUACUGCGUUCAAACAAGCCAGCGCGGAGCAGUUGCAACGCUUCGAAGUUGCCGUAACGGAAUUCGAAAGUGCUGCCGCAGGCAGUGACCACAGCCGCGCAGCCCUCGAUACAUUUAUCGACAACCUGAAUAAUCUGGCACAAGACAUCAGCCUGUCUGCUCAACAUCGUCAGCGGGUGGAAAGCGCAAGAGAAGCCUAUCGUAUCGCCCUUCAAAACCUGGCCAAGGCAGGUGUUGUUGAAGAAUUAAAACAGUUCGAAACCUGGGAUGCUGAGGUUUCCGCCGCUGAAGCAGGCAACACCCCCAUCGAGGCACCACAUCCUGUUUUUGCCCAGCGUCUGGCGGGAGAUAGCAGCACGGAGGAUUGGCUGGCGCUUACUCUCGAAGCUGAGAUAGCCGCAGAUCUACCCAGUCCUGAUGCGGAUCGCAGUGCGCGCAUGGCGCUGCAGGUUGAACUGAUGAAUGCCGGCUGA